AUGGGCGGCGACGAGUGGUGGCUCGGGAGGGAGCUGCGGGCGCUCCUGGAAGCGCGGGCGGCGGAGAAGGCGGAGCAGUGCUGCGAGAAGGCGGCGUGCCCGACGGCCCCCGAUGCGCCGGAGAAGGCGGAGAAGGGCCCGCCCGCCCCGGCGCCGGUCCGCGCGUCGGCGGCGCGGCGCGCGCCCGGCGCGCCGUGGGACGACGUCGACGACGCGCUCGAGGCCGCGGCCGCGCGGAGCCGCUGGCUGUCGCCCGCGCAGGCGUUCGCGCUCCUGCGCGCCGAGCGCGGCCGCGACGCGCGCCUCGCGGCGCUGCCCGUGCGGGACACGGCGUCGCCCGCCGAGGCGAGCGCGGCCGCGUGCUACGUCGUGCGGAAGCGGCCCAAGGCGGAAGGCCCGCGCCAGCUCGCGGCGCCGGGCGCGGCGCAGGUGCCCGCGACGUCCCAGGGCCUCGUGCGCCCGGUGCCCGUGACGUUCCAGUCGGUGGUCAACUCCUACGUCCACUGGCUCGAGGAGCACCCGACGAUCGGCGUCGCCGUCUGCCAGAUGUCGCGGAGCAAGCGGAAGCCGUACCGGUCCCGGGAGCGCAAGGAGCUCCUCGAGGACGGCUACGACGAGUCGCAGGAUCGCAUCGUCUCCCACGGCCUCACGGGCCGCAUGUACAAGCUCGUCGUCCGCGGCCAGUCGCCGAAGCCGGACGCGCCCGGCGAGGCGCCGGCGGCGGCGCCGCCGGAGCUGCCCGCGGGCCCGCGCGUCCGCUGCGAGAAGAAGCCCACCCGCGGCGGCGCGUUAGAGGCGCUCGAGGGCAGCAGCAUCGUCCAGAUCUUCAUCGACGAGGCCGCGGCGCGCUUCCUCGGGCCCGCCCGUUCCCGCCCGGCCGCCCGCCCGUUCCGGCCGCCGCCGCCCGCGGACUACCCGACGCCGCGGCGCUUUGCCGUGCCCGCGGGGGCGUCCUACGGCGGCCUGGGCUACGGCUACGACGGCCCGCGCCUCGCGGCCUACUACGCGGCGCACUUCCCCUACUCGCGGCGCGCCGCCGCGCCGCGGCCCGACGGCGCCGAGGCGCUCCGCGCCGCGCGCGCCGCCGACGAGCCCCGGCGGCGCACCUUCGACGGCGCGACGACGUUCAGCCGCGACCCCAACGACGUGGCGCGGCACAUCUUCGAGGGCGCGCCGGCGCUCGGCCGCGACCCCAGCAACGCGGCGCGGCACACCUUCGACGGCGCGCCGGCGCCGCCGCGCCACCCGGCGUACGCGGGCCGCGCCGCGAGCGAGCCGCGCGGCGCCCUCGACCCCAACAACCUGGCGCGGCACACCUUCGACGGCGCGCCGGCGCAGUCCCACCCGGUGUUCUUCGACGGCGCUCCGCCGCGGUCCCGCCACCCCGCGUACCCGUACGAGCGCCGCGGCGCGGACCCCGUCUGCCUUUUUUUCGACGGCGCGCCGAAGCGGCGCCGCGCGGAGGAGCGCGCGCCCUCCGACGCGCCGCCGCCGGCGCACGCGCGCGUCGCCGGGUCGCCGGGCGACCCGUUCAGCCCCCGGAUGAAGCCCUACGCGCGCUUCUGGACGCUCCCGAGCGACGACGACGUCGCGGGACCCGACGAAAGUUACCGGGUCCGCGGCGACCUCGACGUCGACGGCGGCGGCGUCCAGCGGCCCUCCGCGCCGCCCUACGCGCCCCAGCCCGCGGCCUGCUACUCGCACCCCUACGUCGUCCACCGGCCGGGCAUCAUCUCGCAGGUGCCCCUCCGGCCCGGCGACCCCGCGGGCCAAGCGGCGGCCGGCGACGACGGCAGCCCGUCCUUGUCCCAGCUCGGCGACGCGAGCUUCAGCUCUUUGCCCUCCUUCUCCCACCUCGGCGACGACUCGUUGCUGAAGGCCGACGCGAUCGACGGGGCGUUCAUAUUGCGCAAGGACCCGCGGCGCGACGAGGCCGCGGCGCGGGCCAAGGCCGAGGCGACGGCCAAGGCCAUGAUCGCCGCGGACAAGGAGGCCAAGGUCUUCGAGCGGGAGCUCAAGCUGGGCCGCAAGCUCGAGGAGCACGAGAAGGGCGGCCAGGUCGCGCGGUUGAGCAACGACGAGCUGCGCCAGUACCUGGGCCUCUCCGGGCCGACGGCGAACGUGCCGCGGCGCCGGUCCAUCUCCAAGGACCAGGGCGGCCAGAUCACGACGGACCUCGACAACGUGCGCCGGGGCAUCGCGCCGGCGGACGGCGGGUCCCACGUCGAGGCGCCGUCCGCCGUGCUCAGCGCCGCGGCGACGUUCCUGGAGCUGCGCAAGCAGAAGCGCGACGACGAGGAGCGGCAGAAGCACGCGGAGGAGAAGACGCUGACGCCCGCGAUGGUCGAGAUGGCCAAGAAGUGGCGGGAGAAGGCGUCGGCGGGCGCGGGCCGGCGCGGGUCGCGGGCGUCUCUCGACUCCCUGCCGGACCUGCCCGAGGGCGCCCAGGCGGGGAGCGGCGGGCCGAGCCGCCGCGGGUCGCUCGGCGACGCCGCCGGCGCCGGCUCCGGCGGCGCGAGCCGGCGCGCGUCCGUCGGGUCCCUCGGCGACAAGCCGCCGCUGACGCUGGCGUCCCUGGCCCUGGGCGCCAAGGCCGCGCGGCGCCUGAGCCUCGGCGGCGGGCGGCGGUCGUCCGUGCGCGACCUCUCGGGCGGCAUGGGCCGGCGCUACAGCCGCAUGUCCCGCGGGUCCCUGGGCGACAUCUCCGGGGACGUGAAGAAGCUCGGGGACGCCGCUGGAGCCCCGCGACUUCUCGAGCCCCGCGACUUCGCCGACGCCGAGGAGCGCGACGCCGAGUUCCUCGAGACGCCGACGCCGCUGCCCGCGGCCGUGCCCGGCUGGGGCUUCCGCGUGGGGCCAAAGGGCCUCGGCUACUACAAGACGACGGCGGAGAAGGUCGCGCCGAAGGCGGUGCCGAAGCAGGCCGACAAGUUCGAGCGGAAGAUGGGCUGGGGGCGCCUCGCCAUCGCGGCGCUCGAGAACAACAACGUCAAGCAGCUCCGGUCCGCGGCCGCGACGACGUCGACGGGCCUCGAGGAGCUCAAGGUGAACCUGAACAUGCGCGUCAAGGGGGGGUCGAGCUGGUACUACGGCGACAAGUACGUGCGCAUGGGCCUCGACCCGGAGCCGUUCCCGCCGCGGCCCGGCGACACGCUCCUCCACAUGGCGCUCCGCCACAAGCGGUCCACGGCCUUCGUCGCGACGCUCCUCCAGCUCGGCAGCGACCGCAAGAUCCGCAACCGCUGCGGCGAGGCCGCCGAGGAGGUCCACCCCCUCGAUUUCGCGAGCGCGGAGGACCUCAUGGAGCGCUGGCGCCAGGAGAAGGCCAUCCACGUCGUCGGCGAGUCGCGCGACGCGAGCCGCGCGUCGACGCCGACGGGGACGAGCCGGGGCCUCGCGCCCGAUUAA